ACUUUUAACAAACCUGAGAUGAGCCCGGAGCAGCAGCUCGGUGCGCCUGUCGCAACUCAACAAUUCUCCAUAUUUUAACCACAAGUAUGAUUGAAAGAUAUUUCCAUUCCUGGAUAUAUAACUCUCUUCGAUUAUAUUUAGAUUAGUUUAUUUUCUUUUUGUUUUUUGUUUUUAUUUGUACGUUUUUAUUUAUUUUUAGUCUUAGACGAGCAUGUGCGUAAUUUUGCGAGGAUUGCCGAGGUGCCACCGGGACUGAGUUUGGCAAUAUGCGCCGCUGGGAUAUGAUUUUCAACCGAAAGGCUUAUGGAAUAUAGCCUGGUGUGUCACAGCCUGUAUGCCCUCUGGUCUAGCCCCGUGAAGAAGAAACUAAUACUGCUCAGCAUCAUGUUUUUAAUCUGGGUAUACAUGCUGUACUCCUGCGUGGGCUACUGCUCCACCAUGCCAAGUUUGGUGGUGGACAGUUACCGGGGCAAGGAGACUGGCUCGGCGGUGGGCAAGAGGACAGAGAGCAGCAGCAGCAGCAGCAGCAGGACGGACCUGGUGUCCAGACUGUUGGCCAAACCGCAGCCGUGGGAGGAUAUAGAGAGCGACUACGAGGAGCCGUCCAUCAGGACCGCCGCGUCCAGAGACCUGCUCAAUAACGAGCUGGAGACGGACAGAACCGACGACUGGGACGAGAUGCGGGGAGACCAGCAGCAGAGAGCACCGGAGCCAAGCGCCAUGUCCAGCUUCUCCAACGGCUCCGGGAGUAAGAAGCUGCCGCAGGCGAUCAUCAUCGGGGUGAAGAAAGGAGGGACCCGGGCUCUGCUGGAGUUUCUCCGGGUUCAUCCGGACAUCAGAGCCGUGGGAGCGGAGCCGCACUUCUUCGACCGCAACUACGAGAACGGACUGGAGUGGUACAGGGAGCUGAUGCCCAAGACCCUUGAAGGCCAGAUCACCAUGGAGAAAACCCCCAGCUACUUUGUGACCAGAGAGGCUCCAGCCAGGAUAUCCGCCAUGUCCCGGGACACCAAGCUGAUCGUGGUAGUGAGGGACCCCGUCACCAGGGCUAUCUCGGACUACACGCAGACAUUGUCUAAGAAGCCUGACAUUCCCUCGUUCGAGAGCCUCACCUUCAAAAACAGGACUACGGGGCUCAUCGACACCUCGUGGAGUGCCAUCCAGAUCGGCAUCUAUGCCAAACACCUGGACAACUGGCUGCAGUAUUUCCCCAUGGACCAGAUCCUGUUCGUGAGCGGCGAGCGCCUAAUCAGCGACCCGGCCGGUGAGCUAGGUCGCGUGCAGGACUUCCUGGGUCUGAAGAGGAUCAUCACAGACAAACACUUCUACUUCAACCAGACCAAGGGUUUCCCGUGCCUGAAGAAGGCUGAGGGCAGCAGCAAGCCCCACUGUCUGGGCAAAACCAAAGGGCGGACCCACCCGAACAUUGACCCUGAGGUGGUGCAGAGGCUACGGGACUUCUACAGACCCUUCAACAUGAAGUUCUACCAGAUGACAGGACAUAACUUCGGUUGGGAUUGAUGUGAAAAUCAUGAACAUUUUCUUUUUUUUUUUUGUUUAUUUGUUGAGAAGUUAUUUUUUUUCCUCUGUAAUUCAAUGGCAAGAUGUGGAGAUAUUGCUAUAUAUAUGUAAAAUGUACAGAAAUCUAUUUUAUAAUAAUUUAUUUUUAUUUCUAAGCAAUUAAUUCACUAAGCUGCCUAACCAUACUUGUACAUAACAUCUGGCCCACAUGUUGUUUUUAACAUUCCUCAUUUUAAUUUUGAAUUCUCUCGCUCCUCCCGCGUGGUCCUGUAAACUCAGUGGAUUUAUCGGUGCUUCACGAUGCAGAUAAUCAAGCGAUGACGGAAGUAGAAGUUAGGGUGGAAAAUGUAAAAAGCACCAUAUAUAUACGGGUACAGAGUGCUCACAGAGAAGUGGAGAACACCUAUCCAUGUGCAUCCUUCAUUUAUAUAUGCAUCAUCCUUUUUCACUCUGAGUGUGAUUCUUCUAUAACGUGUUUCACUGUAGCGCAGUAACCCUCCAGUUAAGUUUUACACAGUCCAAUUCUCCUGCGCCGGCGUUGGCCAAAGCUGCAGAUCUCUUGUCCCCUUCCACUCAAUAACAGGUAGAUCAAUAGGGCCUAAUUGAUCCUCAUUGUGUCACUCAUGCUUAAAGUAUACAGCUGCCCUUUCAUUCACAGUGCUCCUGCUGCCUGCUCUAAUGAAUGGCCCAUCCAUCAAACGUUAAAUCCUAUCCCGGACCACAUAAGGGCCCAUGUUAACAUUAUGCUAAUCGGGUAAAGGUAACUGGCGGAUCGAUCAAGCCACUGCUCUCUAACUCCCCAUUAGAAGCGGCGUUUGGCUGAGAGCCAGGCUCUUGCCCUAUCCGCUCGGUUCAAAGGUCACGCAAAGUCUCAAUCAAAUUUUCCUGGAGAGAGCGGAGCCGGAGCGCGGGUCGGCGGGUCGGCGGGGUGUGGAGCGCGUGCCUUGUUUUCACGGUAUGAUGCAGAAUCUUUGCGUGAGGUAGCCGAGGCAUAUCUAUCAGAAACUGGAGCAUGAAGGUAGAGAAGAUAACAGGCAAACUCUUCAAACAGAAGAGGCCCCCAAUGUUAGAUCCCAAACUAAAGACAUCAAAGGAGGUGGAAAGGUUUUUGUGAAGCGCUCUCAGCACAGCAAGAAUUGCCUCAGGCGGCGUUCAGCGUCUAACCUCUGCAGUGUCGUCAGAAAGCCUCGUGUGCCAUCGUCCAUGGCCUAUAUAUCUUAACGUUAUGCCUUAUUCACUCUCCACAUCCUCACACGUCUCAUCUCUCCACACCAGAUCUGUACUUGCUGCCAAAAAAAAACUUUGGGUUGAUAUCACAGCUUCAAUCGCUAUCUCUGCUUUUCCCCCUGCAUUGCUUCUUCUUUUUUCUUUUUUUUUUUUGUCUUUCUACUUGAAUUCUUGAUAUGCAAGAGGGAGAAAGCGCGUAGUUAUCAUUCUUUGAUGUGCUGGCCCCGUCUCUUCGCAGCGGGGUCGGCGCACUAUAAUAAUAAUAAUAAUAAGGGCACAGGGAGGCGGCCAUGCUUAUGCUGCGUUAUGCUGUGAUACGCUGUGCUAUGCAUGCUCGAUGUGGUGGCCGUUAUGAAAAUGCAGGGAAUGAUGGGAAGGGAUGAUUAGCGUCCAGAGGAGGGCCCAGACUGAAUGUACACAAUCCUCAUACAAAAAAAAAAAAAAUAGUCCCUUGAAUCAAUUUUAAAGUUUGAGUUGAAUUUGAUCGUCCCCCUUUUUUUUUUCCCCUUUUUGAACUUAAGAAAAAUGUUGUGCCUCUUUAACUCUCCAAUCCAACACAGUUAGCCUGCUUCUGUCAUUAAAACAGAUAAUGACCCUAAUUCAGCUAUUCCUCUUAUUUUCCAGUUGAAACCAGCCGCCUGGUUUAGCCUCAAACCGACGGCUGGUAGCAGGGGAGAUGGAGGCUCGUUACACUGUAUUUUUGUUUUUUUAGAGUGCUAUUCUCUACUUUCUCUGCCUGAGCGAUGGCACUCCUUGUGAGAAUUUAUGCGGAGUAAGCCUUCAUCCCCCCCUUCUCUCCUUAGUGCAAUGUUUGAUUGUAAUAAUAAUAAUUAAAAGAAAGCAUUUAUGGUGACCUCUGAUAGCGAGCUGGAAGGAAAGUCUGACAUGUUCCCCUGUAACUGAUGGAGUACUGCAUUUGAAUUAUGGUCAUGUAACUGAGGGAAUAUCUGAAAAAAAAAAAACAAACAAACUGGCACUCGUGGGUUUAGUCCAUGUUGCUGCAUCGGUUAUGGUUGAGUUUUAUUCAACCUGUUUUGAGAUCUGAAAAGAAAAAAAAAAAACGUUAGAAAUGUUUGUCUUACCCACAUAUAUUAUGUAUUUAGACUAGAGAAAUCUGUAUGUACAAAAUGAAAAAAAGACAUGUAAAUCAAGUAUUUUGUGGUAUGUACAUCAAAGGAAUUAAUUUUACACAAUGCAAAAGCAAAAUGGAACAGAUGUUUCUAGAUGAUUAAAUACUGAACAUUCAUAAUAUUUCUUUGUAUGAAGAAAUAAAUAAAAAAGUAUAUAUUUUACCAAAAAAAAAA